AGAGCUGUGCAUCUUUUGAGCCCCAUCCCCCACCCCGGCCCUUUUCCUCUCUCUCUUCGACCCCAUAUUUCCCACGGCGUCUCUAUCUCUCUCCCUCUCGUCUCCGUCCUAGGGUAUAUUGAAGAUGUCAGGCGCUGCACUUGACAUGACACUUGACGAUCUAAUCAAGCAGAAUAAAAAACCUAGUGGUGGAGGUGGCGGCCGCGGCCGCGGCCGUGGCUCCGGUCCCGGUCCCUCCCGUCGAUUCAAUAACCGUGCCGCCAAUCGAACCACUCCUUACGGCGCUCCUAAGGCGCCUGACUCGGUGUGGACGCACGACAUGUUUUCUUCGGAUCAGGCUAUGGCCUAUGCCAGCCAACUCGGCGUCGGCGGCGGCGGCCGAGCGUCUGCGAUUGAGACUGGAACCAAGCUGUAUAUUUCCAAUCUAGAUUACGGUGUCUCUAAUGAGGAUAUCAAGGAACUGUUUUCUGAGGUUGGUGACUUGAAAAGAUCUACAAUACAUUAUGACAGGAGUGGUAGAUCAAAGGGAACAGCAGAAAUAGUCUUCUCUCGUCGGCAAGAUGCAGCAGCAGCUGUCAAGAGAUACAAUGGUGUUCAGCUUGAUGGUAAACCAAUGCAAAUAGAGAUCGUUGGAACAAAUAUUGUGACUCCUGCUGCUGGACCUCAAUUUCCAGGUGGUGCUUUUGGUGACUCAAAUGGAAUCCCUAGAAGUGGACAAGGCAGGGGUGGCUCCUUUGGAAGGCCACGAGGUGGAGGGGGACGUGGUCGUGGAUUUGGGAGAGGUCGUGGACGAGGAAGAGGUCGUGGUGAGAAGAUAUCUGCAGAAGCUCUUGAUGCUGAGUUAGAGAAUUAUCAUAAAGAAUCAAUGGAAGACAAUUAAGCAAAGGGAUGUCUUCUAAUUCCUUUUUGCCAUAAACCUAUUGUGGCCUUUGUGUACUAGUAGCCUUUUUUCUAGAGUGACAAGAAAGUAACUUGUAGGGAGAUAGAACCCUUGGUUUGGGAGCUUGGCUUUUUAAUUGUUCGUCCUCUCAUUUGGAUAUGUUACUUGGGAUGGAGAUAUAUGUGUUGCGAACCUUUUGUUUUUCCAUACUCAAAACUGGUUACAUAUUCAAGUAGUGGGGGAUCAGGUGGCACUUGAACUUUAUUUUCACAUCAAGACAAGCAUUGCCUGGAAACAGAGGAGGGAAGUUCAGGCACUCUGAAGCCCUAUCUUUGAAAUGCUAGGAUUGCUUUUGGAGUCAUACAUUGUCGGUUAGCAACUUCAAGGUAGUUUCCUAAUUCUGUUUUUCUUCGAUUAUGUUUUGAGUUUUUAUUUAUUUAUUUGAGAUUCUGUCCUUAGUUUCCUGGGGAUGUUUUCUUAUAGAAUGUCUGAGCAGUCUGCAUGUUCCAUGUCAUGGUCCCUUGAUUAUUGCAGCACAAUCAUGUCUGUCUGAUUAUUUGUUAGGUAGUUUGACUUGGCUAUGCUUAUCAGUUAAUGAAAAUUUCUGAUUAAGGACCUCUUGGUAUGGGGAACAUGAAAGCUGAAAGCAGUUUUGCUCAAAUAUUUGGCAAAUUUUUGGGCAAUAUACUAUGAUCCUGAUGCUCAAGCGUGGCAAGUUUAAUUAACAUCAGAAACUCAAACCGGUUCUUGGAUUUUUUUUUUUGCAAAAUUAUGACAGAAGUUGGCAGUUUGGCUAACUUUGGUUACAUUUGAAUAUUCCUAGAUUUUUUGACUGGCAGAUAUGUAAGAGUGUGGACUGUAGAUUUCCCUUUCUAUGAAAAAGAUUUGUCAUUGUGGCAUACUUCCUUUGAGCUCAACGUACUGUAUUUUACUUAUGCUAUAUCUGGUUUAGCAGCUCAAUGUAAUGCUGAUUGUUGGAACUGAUGUGGGAGGGCCUCAUUUUUUUUUGUUUGAUCGAGGAAAAGAUCACAUUGGAAUCAUUGGUCAAUAUUCUGAAGUGUUGUUUGAGUUUGCUAAGGCCUUUGGUUCCCUUAUUUGCUGGAGGUGGUUUAGAUAACAUGGUAGAAUUCCUUUAUCUUUCCAGUGGUAUUCAAUAUAGCAUAUUCUGGUUGAUCUGAAGGUAUUAUAGCAGAAUAAUGAUCUUCUGGGGCUAUUUGGUUUAGGAACUGCUUCAAUCAAUUCUUCUCUAGUUGUAGUGCUCUGCUGGAUUGUUAGCAUGCAUGAAUUUGUGAUGCUGGCACAUGGUACAGUAUGGCAGUUGAGGUGUCACAGAAGAUUCUAACUUGGAUGACAAUGUAACUUGGAUGAUAAAUUUGGUUUUGGACUUGAAUUACUCAUUUAAAAUCUAAUAGAAGUUCUGGAUUUGGCUCAACAACUAUUGGCAGCUGGGUGACAGCUCUAGUGAGAUUUACUGAUUAGUUUUUCUUGCGUUGGCCUCCUGAAUGGAUCCGUUCUCUGCAUAACGGGUGUUUUUGUGUUAUUUCUCUUGAUGCAAAGCUAUCCUGCAAAAACUGAAUGCCACAGAAUUUUAGUGAAGACUAAAUAAAAUGUUGAUCAGAGAAGAUAAACUGUGCUUGGUAUUGGGCUGUUUGUGCUUUGGGUCGCAUGAAAAAGAGAGAGGGAUGUCUCCUGCAGUUUCCUCCUUAUGUAGCUUGUACACGGUGAGAAUAAGGAAGAUGUUUUUGUGCAGGAUAAAGGUCCUAUUUUUGAGCUCGGGGUGAUGUAAAUAUUGCCGCCUUCUUACUUUUUUCGUGGAGCUUAUUGUGUGGUUUGACUUCUUCUAUGGUAUUUUCUUGCGAGGAACCUACAUGUCUGCACGUAGGUAUUGCAUAUCUAAUGGAUCUGAAACGAAAAUUGCACGCUAUAGCUGCCAGUGCAGGAAAACCUGACCUCUUGGUAUUCUGUUUCUGGAGAUGUAAAUAAGUAGUUAUGCAUCUUUUGCCAGAGUUUAACCUGUAUCUUCUAUAGAUGAAAUAAAUCUAGUGUUUUAGGUAUGGUGCACCGCAGUGCAAAAUAUUAUCUGCUAUGGGAAUUUAAUUUAUAUAGCUCACUUUUAUGAGAA